AUGGCCAACGUAGCGACCACGAAGAAAACCGGGAAAGCCAAGGUACAGUGGUGGGAUAAUCGAGACAUGUACAUCCUGUGCCCGUGGUGCAAGGGAAUCCAUCGCCACGGCUUCAACGCGAAUUAUUCCCAACGCCAUCGACGCGUCCCUCAUUGUGAUUCAAUCGACCUAAUCAGAAAAUUACAAUACCUCGGGUACAACCUUUAUUACGAGAUACAAUUCCCAGCGUCGCCAGCGGAUACCUUCGAGAUUGACAAGGACAAUCUUCGGUUCGUAGCGGGUGGCGCUCGUGUUCCCGAUGACGAUGAAGGUGGCGUCCCGGCGGACGAGGCAGACCGUAUGAGAGCUGACUUUAGGAAAUCGAUCGAGGAGAAACGAAAGUGGACAGAAGCAAUCGAGACCGUGAUUAUAUUUGAGGAUUUAUCGAUCAGAAGGAUAACGAAAGUAGUAAGCGAGAUGGUAUUGGGCAAUGUUGAGCAUGUUCGUGAGUACCUCAAGUCCUCCUCAGAGGCCGAUAUCUUCCUUCGCGGCGUCGAAUCAUGGAAAAGACAGGACUAUACGUCCAAUAAUGAAAGCACGGAAGACAGUACGGCGGAGACAUCAGGAGAGACGGCGUUGCAUAUGGCCGCAUGCGAGUCAUCGUCUGAAAUGGUCAAACUUCUUCUCUUGAACGGCGCCGAUGUGAAUGCUACCGACUGCGACGGUCGAACUGCUCUCAUGGAGGCGGCACUGUGGGGUCGGCGGGAAAACGUCGAGGUCCUGUUAAACGGUUUGUUCGACAAUAGCGGGCGACUUUGGUGUGCUGCCGAUUUUGCAAAGCCGCUCAAGCAGAACGUAGAGGCACGAAGGAUGCGCAGCGGUAGGGAUAAGGAUCGCGAAGACAUUGUCUUUCUUCUUGAAGACGCGGCAGACGAGCCAGGUCCCCUCCAGCUAGACGGUUUUGUCUAUCAACGCCCGCCCAACGAUCCCACGAUGCUCUCCCUAACAACUCGAUAUAGUCUUCCCAACGAGUGGAAGACGGUUGCGCAUAUGAUCCGCGGCGGAGGGCUUCCAGAUAUUGCCGCCAUGAGCGGUUGGUCGCAUGCACAAAGCGAAACCAUCCAUGUCGCUGGCCGAGACUGGACAGAUGCAGUACUCCGCCUCUAUGACUUAGCUGGGCUUAAGCGGGAACCUCAUUCCCGUGACCAGGGCGACAAGGGGCGAUACAAUGCUUGCCACGCAGAGAAGCAGCUAAUCGCGUACUUCGUCCACAAGCACCUAUUCUUGGAGGAUGAACUGCAAAUCCCUGAGGAGCCGGGAGUGCGGUCAUUAUUCUCGGAGCUCGGUCUAGGGGAAUCGGCGGAACAGUUGCGCAGAAAGGAAGAGUGGCAAUACAAGAUGAGGCUUGUGGACUUAUUUAAAGCAUCUCCGGACAAUUCCUUGAAGGAGGCCAAGAUACUUGUCAGCAGACCUAUAUGCGGUGGCUGUAAAGAUUUUGCGAAAAAGGUGAACCAUAAACUACCUAGGGUUGAAACUGCAGCUAUACCAUCGUUGCUUGGAGUCGUCAUGUACUGUGUGUCCGAACUAGACCUAUGUACUAUUAGUAGGCUGGCCGAGAUGGGAAGAAUCAGUACUAUAGUUACCUAA